AUGUUCUUGGAAGCCCUUCUCGAUUCUGGUGCUGAAGGGUUGCAGUUCACUAGAAGUAUCAUCAUCUCUAUGCAGAAUGAUAAAUUGGGGGCACCAUGUGAAUCGUACGACCCUGAGGAUGACGGCUUGGACUUCGGUGAUGGCGGUAAAUGGGAGGACCAAGGGGAUGACUGUGGUCAAUGGAACUACCAACCUAAGGUGCUGAACAUCCUCCUACGGCUGCUGAUCAGCAAAGUCCCGAACGGGUGCCUACAAACCUUCCGUUGGUGUCACGCUACCAGAGUUUCGAGAAAGACGCUUGAGCUUGUCGCUAGACGUCACGGUCAUUGCCUCACAACCCUUCAAAUCUACAACAUCUUUCCUUGGACUUUCGAAGCGGACUUUUCCGCACUCACCACACUUGAUGCUGGAGGUAUGCAUCUGAACUUUGCAUUGUCUUGGGCGUCAAAGUCUGUGGCCAGCAGCCACAACUCGUUGACUCAUUUGAAACUUGGCUGCGAGACAUUUCUUGCGCAGUCAUAUCUUGGCAAAGAAGAUUUCUUGACCGCGAGCGAAGCAUCGGACUUUACCCAAGACCUGGAUGAUGGUAUACGCAAGAGCCUUCCAACCCAGGGUUCCAGCAAGCUUGACGAACAAUCAAGUCUACGGACGUCGAUUUUGACUCUUCAAUCGCUCCACCUCGUUGGGAUUGAUUGUGGCAUUACCCCCAAGAUUGGAGCACCCACAAUGUUGGACAUUCAAAAGCUCACUUCGCUUUGCUUGGAGUCUUGUUUCAAUUUGAGGCAAGGCUUCCCCACGCUAUCUCCUCAGCGAAUUCCAGAUGCGCCACCGCUAUUACCUCAGCUUCGUAGCUUCAGACUAAGACAAGAAUGCUCCGACGCGUCAUUUCAAGACGGCUUAAAGGCCUUCCUGCUUGCCUCAAAAGGGCUUGUACACCUGGCUGUCCUGCUCGAAGGUUCUGGUCCCUUCUUGCCCCCGGAUUGCUUCGUUGGCAACCAUGGAUCAACUCUGCGGACGUUAGUUUGGGACCAAAGACAAGGUGCUCGGACAAAGCUUGAUGAAUCUACCAAUACAGCUACUGCAUUUAUGAUGUCUAGUUCCCUUGACAAGAUCGUUGAAAAUUGCCCUAAUCUACGAGAGCUUGGGUUGGCCGUGGACGCUCUCACCAGUGGAGACCAUGCGCAUCUUUAUCAGUUUAGUCGGCUUAAAUACCUCAAGACUUUGAAUAUCCGCAAUUUGCCAACCCAGAAAGCAGAUGCGGAGACCUCGUCCUUCCCAAGAUUCCAUGCAAUGAUCGCAAUGGACGUUGCCAACGCGCUCUUAUCAUAUGGCUCAUGUCUUGAGACCCUUGGACUUGGCUCAACCACGUGGACAGAUAUUUGGCAAGGACGGUCACGUGAUUUAUACCAUCGUCGGCGCGGGGUAAAAUUCUGGCAGAAAAAUACUUAUUUUUAA